AAACCUUAAAUCACGGACAUUGGCUGGUUGUCCCUGCUGGUCUCUGAUUCCCUCACUAAUAGGAUUGACUCACGGUCCAUUGCUGUCCUCUUGUCAGUGUCGUGUCCCUGUCGAAAGUAAAUCCCCCGCAGCUUCUCGCCGUGCUGUUACUGACAGUGAGUCACCGUCGGCGGGGGCACAGAGGAGGCUGAAGCGGCCUGACGAUGAGCAGCGGCGCGGGCAUCGACUACAGCGUGUGGGACCACAUCGACGUGUCAGACGACGAGGACGUGACAUGUCCGUUCGUGGACACACCGAGUCUAUUCAGAAUGAGACACCGGGCCAGGCUGGAGAAAAUGGCCAAUCUCCAGAAGAGAGGGGAAGACCUGGAGAACAAUUUUGCUGAGUGCAAGAAGUCUUUAGAGGAAGCCCAGGGACAUCUUAGACAGCUAGAAGAAGGAAGCAAGGAGGGAGGAGAGGAUGCUGAUGAGGAGAGAGAGGAUGAGCUGGAGGAAGUCCAGGCCAAGUUGACAGAACUGAAGAAGGAUGAAAGGAUGUUUAAGAACAUGAUUAAGGAAUACCAGCGAGAUAAAAAGAAACUUCCCUGGAAUGUCGAUACAAUCAACAAAGAAGGAUUCAGCAAGAGUAUACUCAACAUCAAACCUGAGGAAAAGGUGGACAAGAACAAGACUAUUGUGGACUUGUAGGCAGAGGAAAUCAAACACUUUGGUAUGCUGCGACGCUGGGACGACAGCCAGAUGUAUCUGUCGGACCACCCACAUCUGGUGUGUAAAGAGACGGCCAACUGUCUCAUUGUCACCUGUAUUGACUUUGAGAUAGAUGAGAAACAAGCAUUGAUGGAGCAGGUGGCCCACCAGGCCAUCGUCAUGCAGUUCAUCCUGGAUUUGGCUCAGACACUGAAGGUGGACCCCAGAGGCUGCUUCAGGCAGUUCUUCUCAAAGAUUAAGACUGCGGACAAGCCAUACCUUGACGCGUUUGACCACGAACUGGAGUUGCUGAAGGAGCGAAUCCGCAGCUGUGCACGGAUUCGCAUGGAGAGUGCCAUGAAGGAGCUGGAGGAGGAGGAGAGGCAGAAGAGACUGGGCCCAGGAGGUUUAGACCCCGUAGAGGUCUACAAAUCACUGCCCAAGGAAAUACAGAGGAGCUUUGAUAAGAAGAACAUUCAGAUGCUGCAGGAAUCCAUGAACAAACUCGACCCAGAGGAAGGGAAAUACCACCUGAAGAGGUGCAUUGACUCUGGAUUGUGGGUACCAGAUUCAGGAGACGGUGAUGAUGAGGAUGAGGAUGAAGAGGGCGAGGGCGAGGACUAAAAUUAUAAAAGUAUUUGACAAAUAAGUUCAGACAAUUCUGAUUUAUUCGAUCAUCUCUCUCUGUAUUUCUCAGUAUUACUGUUUUUAGACAAUAGCUCACAGGAAGUGAUUCAUUUUAAGUCAAGACAGACAAGGCAAUGGCAACACUGUGCUAGUGAUGUAAGACGGCCGCAAACAGGUCCAAGUAUGACUGAAAACACAAGGAGAAGCCCAUUAGAAUUCAUUCAGCAGUUUAAUGGUAUAAAUAUCUACUUUAAAAGUUCCUAGUCUGUCAAGAUCCACUAGUUCCCGUAGUCAUCGCUUGCUGACAGUCCCUCAAUGAUGUACUGUAAUUACAAUGUACACAAGAAACCGACACAUCCAGAUAUAAUAAAAAAAGUGUUUUCCUACUUUAGUGUGACCUCUGGCACUGGGAAGAGUAAGCUAGUUUCUUGUAGUCAGGGCAGUUGGAGCUGGUUGCAGGUAUAAAAGCACCAGGGUGGUGUUUGGAUGCGGAAUGCUAGCAAUAUCGGUAUAAAUGCAACAGAUGUGUGAUUAUUUAAUGAACACAUGGGUAAUAAACACACUUAAGCGCACAUGCUGCAUGUUCAACUUGGAUGCAAAGAUCUCUGAGACACUGACACUGUUGACCAUCAAGGAAGUGAUAAUGUAGCGUCAGCUGGUCAUUAAUGUGACCUACACAGUGAGGCAGAACCAUUUCCCAUCAGAGUCUAAAACUGAGAUAACAUUCUAAAAUAAGGGUCUAAAUGUCACUGAAAAUUGCACAUCAUCAUCAAACAAUCUGUCUAGUCUGUAUCUUUUCUACUGUGGACAACAGCGCCAUCUUUUGGAGGCAUGCUUUCUGUGUGAAUGUGCUUGAUACACAUUCUGUCAUGUCAGCACUUUGAAUGACUGAUUCUAACAUCCUUCCCUUCUCCUCAACUCGUGAGCUACUCCCACCAAUCACCCCGCCCCCUUAAGUUAUUUAACCCCAUUAUGUGCAUCACUGUCACAUAUCAAUGCUGGCAUCUGCCAUUGUUGCUUCAGGGAUCAGAGAGAAAACGUGUGCAGUUCAAUUAUAAUCUCAAAGCCAAUACAGCUUUGUAUUGAUUAGGUUUCCAGCUAAUCAUUUCAAACACUAAUUAACCUGCCGGUUGCUUUUCUUAUUAAUGAAUAAACCAUCUGUAAAAUGUCCAAAUAUACAGUACAGUAUGUCCGUUUGAAAUGAUGAAUAACAUAAAUAAAUCAUCAUUAUCAUUG